UGGGGCCUAACCCACAAACGAUGGGGAAACAGGCGGUGAAUGGCUGUUGAAAUAACAUGGGAUGGUGCGCUAACUUUAUCUACCCCUCCAAAAGCGAGAGAACCCUCCACUCCUUUUCCCCCCGUCCGACUCUUUCUCUUGACACCACUCCGCCGUUAAUCCUCACUUGAAAAAACCCAAUCGCGUGCCCGACAUGGCCUCCCGUCCUCAGAACAUCGGCAUCAAGGCCAUCGAGAUCUACGUCCCCAGCCAGUAUGUCGAGCAAUCCGAGCUCGAGAAGUUCGAUGGCGUCGGCACGGGCAAGUACACGAUCGGCCUUGGGCAGACAAAGAUGAGCUUUUGUGACGAUCGGGAAGACAUCUACUCGAUGAGCUUGACCGUCUUGUCCAAGCUGAUCAAGAACUACAAUGUCAACACCGACGCGAUCGGCCGCCUUGAGGUCGGCACCGAGACCAUUCUCGACAAGUCCAAGUCGGUCAAGUCCGUGUUGAUGCAGCUUUUCGGCGACAACACCAACAUCGAGGGAGUCGACACGGUCAACGCCUGCUACGGCGGCACUAACGCCGUUUUCAACACCAUCAACUGGAUCGAGUCUUCGGCUUGGGAUGGCCGGGAUGGUAUCGUUGUCACCGGCGACAUUGCGCUGUACGCCAAGGGCAAUGCUCGCCCCACUGGUGGCGUUGGCGCCGUUGCCCUCCUCAUCGGCCCCGAUGCGCCCCUCGUUUUCGAGCCUGGUCUCCGCGGCAGCUACAUGCAACACGCCUACGACUUCUACAAGCCCGACCUGACGAGCGAGUACCCUUACGUCGAUGGUCACUACUCGAUCAACUGCUACUCCAAGGCCCUUGACGGUGCCUACCGCGCCUACUGCAAGCGCGAAGCGCAAGCUGUCAACGGCACCAACGGGACCAACGGCCAUGCCAACGGCGCUGCUGAGCCCACGGUUCCGAAGACCUCUCUGGACCGCUUUGACUACUUGGCCUUCCAUUCGCCCACCUGCAAGCUCGUCGCCAAGUCGUACGCCCGUCUCCUGUACCACGACUACCUCGCCGACCCGGAGAACAAGGCCUUCGCCGAGGUCACCCCCGACAUCCGUGACAUGGACUACGAAAAGUCCCUGACCGACAAGGUGGUCGAGAAGACGUUUAUGGGUCUCACCAAGAAGCGCUUCCAGGAGCGCGUCAACCCCGGCAUCCAGGUUGCCACCAACUGCGGCAACAUGUACUGCGCUAGCGUCUGGGGCGGCCUGGCCAGCCUGGUCUCUCACGUCGAUGAUGCGGCCCUCCAGGGCAAGAGGAUAGCGCUGUUCAGCUACGGCUCCGGUCUCGCUGCCAGUUUCUUCUCGCUCCGCGUCAAGGGAAGCACCGAGAGCAUCGCCAAGGUCCUCGACAUCCCCAACAAGCUGGCCGCUCGCCGCCAGGUGCCCCCGGAGACCUACGACUCUAUGUGCGAUCUCCGCAAGAAGGCCCACCUCCAAAAGGACUACACCCCCCAGGGUGAGGUCUCGACCCUCGCCGCCGGCACCUACUAUCUCACCAAGGUCGAUGACAUGUUCAAGCGGACCUAUGAGAUCAAGCAGUAAAUAAGUGCCGUGGUUUUACAUAGACGACGUCAUGACAGACAUACGGUCGGAUCUGGCCUGGCCGUCUUCCCGUCCUUAUUGGGUUCUGAGGGUUAAUAGAUCCGGGAUGCGCGCAUUUUCGGCACGGCAAAACGGCGACGGCGCAACGAGAUACACACGGUGGGGUUGCAUGGCAUUUGCCUUGCUUGGGUGGCACGUUGUGCGGUUUAAAGGGGCGAAGGGGGUCCCUCGGCUAGAGGAUGGAGAUACCGUU